AUGGCUCGUCUUUACCACCGAGCUCAGCUGCCCCUGCAUAUCAAGCGCGCCAUAUGCGCGCACCACGUCGAACACCCCCAGCUGCGCCACGUUGACCUCGCACGAUGGUGCUUCACUCGUUUCGGAAUCCGCCCCGACCGCUCAACCAUCGAGCGCGUCCUGAAAAGUGCUGACCGUUGGGCUAUCGAUGACACCAAUGACAACGCCGUGCGUGUGCGCGGCGGCGCGUAUCCGGAGCUUGAGCGCGCCAUGGCACAGUGGAUAGCCAGGGCGGGGCCAGCUGGGGUGCCUCUCACCCUUGCGACUAUUCGGGACCAUGUCGCCUACAUGGCCCGCGAGAACGGUCUGUCGGCUACGUUUCGUUGCUCCAUCGGCUGGGUGCGUCGCGCAUUACGCCGCCAGGGCGUGAGAUGCUUGAGCGCGGUUGGCGAGGCGGCCGACCAGGACAUGACGGCCGUGCGCACCACGCAGGAGAAGCUGCCGCAGCUCCUUAUGCAUUUGAACGUGAGGCCACGCGACACCUUCAAUUUUGACGAGACGGCCCUCGACAUUUCCGUUCUGCCGCGAAAGACCUACGGCACGGGCCGUGUUGCGGGCAGGAAGAAUGGCAAAGAGAGGCUCACGAUCGGCUUCCUCGUCAACGCUGACGGCUCUACCUUGUUCCGCCCUCUCGUGAUCUCCAAGGCCCGGCGCCCGCACGACUUCCGCCCCGACUACGACCCGGAGGAGUUGUGCUACUGGCGCAACACUGCCAAGGGGUGGAUGACUACCGCGCUCUUCACGCACUACAUCGAGCAGCUGGAUGCAGCUAUGUUUGCGGAGAGGUGGCAGAUCGUGAUACUGCUCGACAAUGCCAGCAGUCACACGCUCACGUCCCGAGGUGCCAUCACCGAGGACCUCUUCGGCUUCCGCACCCGCAAGCUCGAAAAUGUGCGACUCGUCUACCUGCCGCCUAACACUACUUGCUUCACCCAGCCCCUUGACCAGGGCCUGAUUGCAAUGGCGAAGGCGCGUUAUCGCGCACAUUGGCUGCGGAAGUUCACUGGCAUGUGGGCUGCCAAAGGCGCCACCUCCGCAGCGGCUCGUUUCAGGCCGAACCUCCGAGACGUGAUCGCGUGGCUGAGCGAUGCCUGGAUGAAUAUCCCGCCGCGCAUCAUCCAGAGGUGCUGGUGGCGCACGGGAUGCCUCCCGCACGCCUGGGCCAUGGAGUUGGCGCAUGUGGGGGCGGGCGCUAUCCGCGAACCUGGCACCGUGGCCGACAUCGGCCUUGUUGAGGAGGUCAACGACGAGGUUUACGAUGACGCUGGCCCUGCGUCCCGCGAAUUGAGGCGCACUGCUCGCGCGGCAUGCGAGAUGCUCAUCGGUUACGCCAAGGCGACCUGCACCACCCCGCGGGACUUGUGCGCCAUCUUCGACAUUCGCAACCCGAUCAUCCGGGCGCGGAUGGAGCGCGCCAGCCCGCCGCUAAACCUCAACGCGACCCCGCCCCCCGCCAUGAUGACUGCCUCCACCCCGGAGGCAGAGACCCCCCGUCCCCGUGGUAGGGUCCUCCCGGCGUGGAUGACGGUGCCUACGGCUGACUGGGUGGCACAGACUGCUCGCCGCUAG